AUGUCUGGGAGCGGUAAUCUACCAGCUCCAGGAGCUGCUGAGAAAAUCCUGGCCGAGGAGGAGGAGGCCGAGGAGAACAAGGCCGAGGCGAUCGCGUGUUCCGAGGUGAACGAAAGACUUUGGACCCAGGGCCUGGAGACCGUCGUUGGCAGCACCGCUGCGGCCAUCACCAUCGCCAUCACCACCGCCACUGCCGCUGCUGCUGCCACUACUGCUGUUGCUGCCCCGGCUCCGGCUUCUGCUAUUGCUAUUGCUGCGGCUGCCGCGCCAGCCCCUGCGCUAGCUAGGCCUGUGGCCUAA